AUGAUUCCUUAUUUUUUACUUACUUUUAUUAUAGUUAAAUAUUCCUUUUCUGUAUAUGAUCCUAAAUUUUACAUACAUGAUAAGGAUUUUUCACUCAACACCAAUAGUUUGUUCAAUGAGUUAUGCUUAGAUACACCGAAGAAGAAUGUAGUUUGUAUAAUUCUGAAGCCAGAUAUCUUAAAUAACCUUAUAUGUUAUGAUAAAUGCUGUUUGAUGUGUGUCAAUAGACUCCAAAUGAACAAGUGUUACUAUUUAGAUACCCUAUCUCCUAAAUGUUCAGGAACGAUUUUGUACCCUUUAAUUGACGCUAAAUCAUCCAAUGCAGUUCCCAGUAACUCCGACACCAGCUUAAUUGAGCUAGGGAACUUUGAAAAUCCUGAUGGCUGUGCAACUUUGAUUGAUGAAACUUGCAGAAUUAAUCGUGACUUUUCUCAUAGUCUGGACUUAUUGGUUCCAGGCAGGAAAUCAAACGUCUUGUCCAUAAGAUUAAAUCCUUCAAAAGCUGCGGAUAGAAACUUCAUUAUUCAGGAAUUAGAUUUCAACUUACCUCCUAGAGAUGAAUUUUUGGAAUACCUUAAUACAAUCAUCACUGACAAUUUUUAUCCGCAUGUGAAGCAGUAUCUAAAGAACGUGGAAAAAAUGCUUAAGUUCAGAGAAUGUGUUUUAUUGAAUGAACUUGACAUAAUAUUCCACAACAUUACACAGUUUCCACUCACAACUUACCGGAGGUUCGAGUUACAUUACUUAUAUACCACUUCAUUAACUUUAUUUCUUAGAAUAAUGACCUUUAAAACUUUCCUUGUUAGUGGUUUCUCAAAUUUUGCCUACAUUGUAUACAAGAAACUUGAAGAAUUGUGGAUCAAUAUUGUCGAAAGCGAUUUAAAGAGCGUGGUUCCAUCAAUAUCGAAAUUUUUAAGUGUUUAUGAUUCGUAUGAGGUUGAUUUGUAUUCUGAGCUAAGAUUAAUUAUGGACCCUGCUGUAUAUAACGAAAUUUUAACUAACUCGACUUCAUAUUCUAAACAACUUGAGGACACAAAAGGUGAAUUACCAAGGAUUGAAAGGGACAAAUUGAUUACCGAGUCUAACGAGUUUUUAAAGAGAAUCAACCUUUUGCUCAUCAAGCAAUGUGAACCUCCAUCAACUUAUGGUCCUCAAUGCACUGUUCGUUUCUUCAAGGCUUUAGAGGAUAAAUACAACAAGUUUUAA